GCGCAGUGGAGUUGCAGUCCGCGGUGGGCGGAGUGGAUGCGAGGAUGUUGAGUUUGUGACGAUAAGCAAUGUGAAUGAAAAAAACAAAAAAAAAAACAAGACGAAAUAACUGUGAUCUGGGACAAGUAGCGGUCGCGAAUUCAUACGGCACUGCGCAAAAGGCCAUAUCAUUUUAAGCGUAGCCAGCUGGCCGCCCACCCUGUGUGACCUCUGGAAAGGCUUGUUAGGAGCACUAUGGGGAACACAAGCAGUGAGAGGGCCGGCAUGGGCCAGGAAAAGGCCCACAGGAGGGAUAGUCGAGGAACCAAGGAAGGAGACCGUCCUAAAAUCCUGAUGGACAGCCCAGAGGAUGCUGAUAUUUUUCACGGGGAGGACAUCAAAGCGCCGUUAGAAAAAGAGUUCAUUGAGUGGAGACCAGACCUGGAGACCAGUGAAAAGGUUCCCGCUUUAGAUCGGCCCACUGUAUUUCGGUGGACAGGAGCUGGAAAGGAAGUCUAUAUUUCUGGCUCUUUUAAUAAUUGGACCAAUAAGAUUCCUUUGAUAAGGAGUCAAAACAACUUUGUGGCGAUUGUGGAUUUGCCUGAGGGUGAGCACCAGUAUAAAUUCUUUGUGGAUGGACAGUGGACUCAUGACCCAACAGAGCCUGUGGUGACCAACCAGCUCGGCACGGUCAACAACUUCAUCCAGGUGAAGAAGACAGACUUUGAGGUGUUCGAUGCGCUCAUGGUGGAUUCACAGAAAUGCUCUGACAUGUCAGACCUGUCCAGCUCUCCUCCUGGGCCGUACCAUCAGGACGCUUACGUACCCAAACAGGAGGAGAAGUUCAAAUCUCCACCCAUUCUGCCCCCACAUCUCCUACAGGUCAUCUUAAAUAAGGACACAGGCAUCUCAGUGAGUAUCUACAAAAGACGUCGCAUUUGUGUGGUAAAUAUGACAGGUUUGAUUAUCAUUUUAAGAAAUUAUUUGAUUCCGUAUGGGACCCUAUGAUUUCCCCCAAUGCGGAAAAUGCU